CCGUCUUCAACAAUAGUUCAGUUCAUCAUGGCGAUGGCUACGUCCGUUUUCCACAGAGUGAGAACUGGGUCGAAAGUAGGCGUCCAGUACGACCAAGAAGGCAACCUCAUUCAGGUGGAAACCAGAGAGGAUGAAGAGCAGAGUGUCAAGCUGGCGGAGAUCCUGGACCUCCUGCUGGCAGCUGGAUACUUCAGAGCCAGGAUCAAAGGACUGUCACCUUUUGAUAAGGUGGUCGGGGGUAUGACCUGGUGCAUCACCACAUGUAACUUUGACAUUGAUGUGGAUCUUCUUUUCCAAGAAAACUCAACCAUCGGCCAGAAAAUAGCCCUGACAGAGAAAAUAGUUUCUGUUCUACCAAAGAUGAAGUGUCCUCAUUGGCUGGAGCCCCAUCAAAUCCAAGGGCUGGAUUUUAUCCACAUUUUUCCAGUGAUACAAUGGCUGGUGAAGCGAGCCAUAGAAACAAGGGAAGAGAUGGGCGACUAUGUGAGAGCGUACUCCAUUUCUCAGUUCCAGAAGACCCACAUCCUCCCAGAUGAUGAAGAGUUUCUCCAGAGGAAAGACAAGGCUGUGAAUGCAAUACUGGAUGUACUGAAAGUGUACAAACCGCAGAGAAAGUACAGGAGGCAGAGGGAUGCAGGACAGCUGCUGGAUGAGGAGUCCAGGGUUCACUCCACCCUGCUGGAAUAUGGCAGGCGAUAUGGUUUCAGCAAGCAGUCCAAACAAGACAAGUUGGAUGAGGGGAAGGCCUUAGUGGCCAAUGGCUCUCAGGUGACGUCUCUUGGGAUGGCAGAGGUGUCCGAGGAAGAGGACCUGCGGGCAGCAGAGGAGAUGCGAAUCAAAACCCUGAUGACCAACAUGGCUGCUAUGGCAAAUGAAGAGGGGAAGCUGACAGCGAGUGCAGUGGGUCAGAUAGUGGGACUGCAGUCUGAGGAGAUCAAACAGAUCUCUUCUGAGUACGCCGAGAAGCAGUCAGAGCUGACCUCAGAGGAGCGUUCAGAGCGCUAUGGGCCGCUGCAGCAACACCGUAGGGCAGUUGCUUUGCUAAGCAAACAGAUCCAGCAGAAAACUAAACAACUGGAGGAGCUACAAGCCAGGCAUACAGAGGUGAAGACAGGCUGUGACGAGGCCAAGAGAAAGCUGAUGGAGGCUACAGAGCAAUCAGACAAACUGCAGAAAGAGCUAAGGUCUUUAGAAGAGAUGGAGGAGCAGGCUGACAGUGGCUUGUUGGAGAAGCUGAGAGCCCUGGUAACAAUGAAUGAGAACCUGAAGCAGCAGGAGCAGGAGUUCCGCAUGCACUGCAGAGAAGAGAUGGCCCGUCUGCAACAGAACAUUGAGGAGUUGAAGAUGGCAUCGGGGCAGGAUGCACAGGAGGAGAAGGAGAGGAACCAGCUGAUAGACAAACAGUACAACACAGAAAAAGAGAAACUACAGAAGAUCCGUCUGCUCAUGGCUCGGAGGAACCGUGAGAUCGCCAUCCUGCAGAGGAAGAUUGAUGAGGUGCCAAGCCGGGCUGAGUUGACCCAGUACCAGAAGAGAUUCAUCGAACUCUAUAGCCAAGUUUCUGCAACACACAAAGAGACCAAGCAGUUCUUCACUCUGUAUAAUACAUUAGAUGACAAGAAGGUUUAUCUGGAAAAGGAGGUGAAUCUGCUGAAUUCCAUUCACGACAACUUCCAACAGGCCAUGUCAUCUUUAGCAGCUAAGGAGCAGUUCCUCAGACAGAUGGAGCAAAUAGUAGAGGGAAUCAAACAGAACCGCAUCAAGAUGGAGAAGAAGAAGCAGGAGAACAAAAUGAGGAGAGAUCAGCUGAACGACGAAUACCUGGAGCUGCUCGAUAAGCAAAGGCUCUACUUCAAAACUGUCAAGGACUUUAAAGAGGAGUGUCGGAAGAAUGAAAUGCUGCUGUCCAAGCUGAGAGCUAAAGGAGCCUCUUAGCCCUGAUACUAAUGUUAGUUAAUUUUUUUUUUUUUUUUUUUUUUUUUUGAUAUAGACAUAAUAUGCCAUCUAUGAGAACUUAAUUGACUGCAGAUUUACUGUAUAUGUAUGGAUCUUUUUUCAACAUUCCACACUCUGUUUCAUCAUCCUUCUUUAUGGCUGAUACAGUUGUAAACCAGCACUUAAGACUUGCAUCUAUAACCCUGUGAAUAUUGGAGUCCUGGACAUUUUAUUUACAAUUACUUUAUAUUUACAUUGUACCAUUCUUGUCUGCCAAAUCCAGUUGACUGAAAAAACAAAACUGCAUUUAAUUGAUCAUGUCAAAAGAAGCUGUAGUGUUUCACAUAUUUUGGCAUGACCUUCAGCUGGGGUGGGAUUACAGUUUCUGAAACAACCACAAUGAUCACAAAUUACCAACCCAGUUCUUUAAAUCUAGUCAGCCAGUUCCCCUCAAAAAAAAGUGUUGAAUUUCAAAAUGAACAAUAUGUAGGAGCCUUGUGACAAUCUUCUAAAUCAUGGCAUUUGUUUAAUAAUAUCUGACAACAUUUCACUGUGGGACUGUACAAACAAUGUCAAAUUCAAUCAUAACUAACAUUUACUUUACACCUUUAAAGCUGUAGUACGCAGCUACUGUAGCUGCAAGAAAUACACCCAUGUCCUUUAUGUUGAUCAUAAAAUGGGCUGCAACAGAGAAGAAAGUCCCAUACUUACUAAAAGUGCCUUAAAAUAUGGUGCGUUUACUAAUGUUACAUAAUAGGAUUUUUAUGAACUAAAGUCCUUAAAUUUCAUCGUAACAUGCUGAUGUGUGAAGUUUCCUGGUGCAACUUUAAAUGUCGCUCUUUGUAUGUAGAGUUAUUUUCCAAUGACGUUGGUCUUAUGCACCUCUGAAGUUUGAACUCACCUCAUGUCUGACAUUUGCCUCUGUCACCAUCCAAUGACCAUGUAUGUGCAGUACUUAAUGAAUAAAAUAAUCUAUUGACACUUUAA